AUGUAUCAACUCAACCUUCAACUUCAACGUAUCAACGACAAGAUGGAGAACUGGCCACCUACAGGAGGCGUCGACAGCAGCGCGACGAAACCGGCCAUAGAUCUGGACGAUGAGCGACAAGUAACAAAACAGUGUUUGCAGAUAUGCGAGGAUGCGAAGUUGUAUUUGGAGUCCUUGGCGUGUCGCGACUCACCUCUCCUAGAUCAGCCCGCUCUGGGAAGCUCUGCGAUUCUCCAGCAAAGUCGGCAAACUAGGCUUUGGGAGCUUGAAGAACAGGGAAUGGCGCCGCAGAUCUGCAUCGUAGGAGCUGGCAUCUCUGGUCUGCAAUGUGCAGAUGCCCUAAUCCGCAGCGGCUUCCGUGUCACAGUGUUUGAGGGUAGAGAUAGAAUCGGCGGUCGGGUACACCAGGAGCAGCUCUGUGGUCAUUGGCUGGACAUGGGGGCAAACUGGAUUCAUGGCAUCACUCGAAACCCUAUUACCAAAUUUGCCUCGGCAACUGGGACAAAGCUAGUAUUACACGAACCAGAGAGUAUCGUUUACGACGCCAACGGCUACAAGUUACCUCGAAACGUAGUCGACAAAUGCGAAGAACUUAUCGAAGACGCAAUGGAGGGUGCAGAAGAAUACAGCAAGCAGUACUCGGAUACGAUCAAUGCCAAAACGAGUGUUAUGGACUUCAUCAUGCAAGAGAUCCAGUCUGCCUGUUUGGACGACGAGUCUAGGGUCAUAUGCGAGCAAAUGGCACACAUGCACAAUGAUGAAUUCGCAGACCCCAUCGCCUCCCAGAGCCUCAAGCAUCUCUAUCUCCAAGACGGUGCAGAUGGUGCUGAAGCGUUUGUUGCUUCCACACACAAGCGAAUUGUGCAGAUGAUAGCCCAGCUAGCUACAAACGCUGGCGCAAUCCAACUCAACCACAGGGUAACGACCAUUUGCAGCACUUUCAGGGAGUCUGGCCAGAGGGAAGUUGUAGUCACAACUGCAUCUGGAAAGACCCAAUCCUUUGAUGAGGUAGUGGUGACUUGCCCGCUUGGCUGGCUCAAGCAUAACAAAACGAUUUUCAGUCCUUCUCUGCCAGCGCCAAUGGCAGAAGCAAUUGAUAACAUCGGAUACGGUGCGCUCGAGAAGGUCUUUGUCAAGUUUCCAGCCGCCUUUUGGGAGCGCAAAGGUGCACAGCCGGCUUCACGAGGCGGUGCAGUUCGUGGCCGAAAGAAAUCACGCGACGGGUACUCCUUCUGGCACUUUUUGUGUCCUGAAUAUCACCCCUUGACUAAGAAAAUCGGCCCUUGGACGCAGAUGGUAUUCAGUCUUUCCGGCCUUCCAGGCGACGAUGCCCACCCUACUCUCCUGUUCUAUCUCUCUCCGCCGUGCUCACGAUCUUUUAUACCAACCCUCAAGAACGUCACACCCCACACAGCAACCUAUGAUGAGUUACUGCGCGCCUUCGCGGAGCCAUUUUAUUCGCGACUACCUAAUUACGACGCGAGGCAAGUAAACUGUCACCCAGUGGCCUUCUUAGCUACACAAUGGCAAAAUGAUGCCAUGGCUGGGUAUGGAAGUUACUCCAAUGUUCGAGUCACACAAGUCGACGCUAAAGCAGACUUUGACUUGAUACGAAGCGGUGGAGGUCAGGGAGAGUCGGGAAAUAACCUCAUAGGCUGCGACCGAGGUGUCUGGUUUGCUGGAGAGCAUACUACGCCACCGUUUGGAAUCGGAACAACAACCGGAGCAUGGGCCAGCGGCAAUAGAGCAGCAAGAGACAUCAUAGAGGCGUAUAGAGUUAAGCAAGGGUCCAGAGCACUCUGA